AUGUCCCAGCAACAAUUAAGCACAGAUGACGAAUCAUCUCUUGGGUUCUCUAAUGGAAGAGACUAUUUUGCUAACGAGGGUAUUGGGAAUUUUCCAUCCCCAGAAGAGCUAGCAAACCUUGAUGAGAGUUUUCUGGCGAAGCGAUGCAAACUUGGUUAUAGGGCAGGGCGGAUAGUAAAACUUGCUGGAGCCAUUGUUGAAGGUAGAAUUCAAAUAGGACUACUUGAAGAACUUUCUAAAGAUGCGAGCUUAUCAAGCUAUAACCAACUAACGGACCACUUGAAAGAAAUCGAGGGAUUUGGCCCUUUUACUCGUGCCAAUGUUCUUAUGUGCAUGGGUUACUACCAUGUUAUUCCAACCGAUUCUGAAACGAUUAGGCAUUUGAAACAGGUUCAUUCUAGAAAAUCCACAAUCCAAACAGUUCAGAGAGAUGUUGAAGAAAUUUAUGGAAAGUACGAGCCGUACCAAUUCCUGGCAUACUGGUCUGAACUAUGGGACUUCUAUGAAAGAAGAUUUGGGAAAAUGAGUGAAAUGUCUUGCUCUGACUAUAAACUCAUAACUGCUAGUAAUAUGAAAAGCGAAGGCACAGGCAGAAAGAAGAGGAAGCAAGCAACUUAGCAUGCCAAGGCCAGCAGCAAUGAGGCUUUCUAUCCAAAUCUACUUUUCAGGCUUGUUGCCCCUAAGCCUAAUUAU